AUUCGAAACAUGUCAUUCUCACUGUCUGCGUUUGCGACCCUUGUCUGCUACGGUGAGGCUCCAUUGGAGCGGUCGCAGAGAUGCGGGCGACCGCCGCCAGCUCCGUGAGAACUGUCAACGAGGACAAAUCUCAGGGCGUGCCAACAGGAACCCUGCUGACUCUGUUAUGGGCGUUUUCAACAUUGUUCUGGAGCAUCUUCACGCCACCGCACAAGACACUCGCUGCUAGAGUCUUGCUGUUUCAACCGUGGUGGGCACUCAGGAUCUACUGGUCCGAUGCGACAUGGCUGCAAGACCUCAUCCUGUUCUUGUCCAGCCAUGCUGUGUACAGUUACUGGACUGGGGCAUGGCGAAUGCCUCACAGAGAGGACCUUCACUUUCUGGACCCCACUAACAAUACGACGCACCUCUACUACCAGAUUUUCCUGUUGCUAGCAGCCUGCGGUCUCUUCGCUGGUGGCAUUGUAUUUCGAGGCCACCACUUGAGGUCCAUGGAGCACAACGAGUCACUGUAUGCACAACCAAUCGAUGAGCAAGUGUUGCCUCCGUUGUUGUUUUCGAGCAAGACAACGCAUACAAGACUUUUCCCGCAGAAGCAUGCGUUUUCUUACACCUACUUGUUGGUUGGUGUACCAGUCGGAAUCCAGGGCCGCAUCAGCCGAAUACUCUCCGUCGAUGCUCAGAAGCCUGCCUGGUUCUCUGUUAAUGCUGAGGACUACCUGCAGCGCGGGCGCGCCGAAGUGACACUGGCGCAUAAGUUGAAAUCCUACCUGCAUACCCAAGAUGUGACAGACCGUGACUAUGCCCUUGCGUACCUUGUCACUGCACCUCGGUUCCUCGGCUACAGUUUCAACCCAGUCUCUUUCUGGUACCUGUAUGAUUCGGACACGCAGCUCAAGUACGUGAUAUUGGAGGUCAAUAACACAUUUAACGAGCGGCGAAUGUACCUACUUCGUGCAGUCGGUACGAAAGUGGUCAAGAAUGGCACUAAAGGCGACUUGUCAGGCCAGCAUCUCAACGGCUCCACGAUGGCGCAGACUGAAGUCGUUUUCAACGAUGUAUGGGACAAGGACUUCCAUGUGUCUCCUUUCAAUAGCCGUAACGGAUCGUAUACUCUUCGUGCAACUGACCCACUAGGAGCUUACGAGCGCACUGGCCUUGUCCGAAUUGACAAUACCAUCGUCCUUCGAUCGUCAGAGGAACAUCCCAAGAUUGUUGCCAGAGUCUGGUCGGAGUCCAAGCCGGAGGACCCGGCUAAAAUGACCGCAAUUGAAUCUAUACGCUUCAUUGCGACAUGGUGCUGGGUCGGCUUCGCAACCCUUCCUCGCAUUGUAUGGGAGGCGUCCAAGUUGUUCUUCCAACGGAAACUGCCCCUUUGGAAUAGGCCCGAAGUCACCAAGCACAGCAUCGGAAGACCAUACACUGCAGACGAACUGAUACUGGAGGCAUUCUUUCGUGCUUUUUUAUCACACGUCGUCAGCGAGGCCUCUAAGCCCUUGCGAGUCGUGUAUGAGCCAGCACAUAGCGAGAGCCCAGAGAUUGUCCUGUACUCGCCCGGUUUCACAUACGAGGAAGAUCACAAGCGUACGCUCACUCUCAACGUGCAAAGUCCGGCUUUCUACAGCCGGUUCAUCCAUUACGAGCAUGCCAAGGUUGCCCUCGAGAAAGAGUGCCUCACGGCAGAUGAGAAGAACAGGACAGCCGUCAUUGAACACAUGGAGCUUCUGCCGAUAUUGCUUGAUGCUAUUGACGGCACAUGGCGAGAAACUUCCAAAAGGCCACCCGGUGAGUACAGCAUCGAACCGGUCCGGUGGGCGUGCAUGAGGCGCCUACGGUGUCCACCCCCCGGCCAACCGUAUCCCAGCACUCUUCAUUCAUUGGAGGGGCGCAAGUCGUCCUGGUCCAGCAGUCCCCAGAUCGAUCAGUUUGCCCGCUCUUGCUGCGAAGACAGCGCAGUCUACCGCAGAGUAGUCACCAAGAUUUUCUUUGCUCAGCGAUUAGCCUUAGGUGUCUCGGAAUUGUUGGUAGCACUGGAUCUUACCAUUCGCUUCCUACUCCUUUCAGCAAGCAUGCUUUAUUGCGACAAUAGCAAAGCGGUCGAUGUCCUGCAGCCACGAAAGCUUGACGCAAGCGACAUCAAAACGGUUGCCACCAUGCUUCUUCUUGCGAAUAGUGUACAUAUCUGGAGCCUAACGAAAGGCUGACAUCCACACUUUCAGCGCCCCAUGUUUGACUACGUUUCUUAUGUGCCCUGAUAGUCUGCCGUACUAGCUUGCCAGCUCCCUAUACAUCUGGACCAAAGACCUAAGGAUCCUCCUUGUUCUACUGAGCCUCACAAUCUGUUCCCAGGACAUUGUCAAUAGCUGCUCGGUUGCGUCUUAAGGAUAGAGCUUCUGAUUCUAUCGACGUUUCCUGCUCUCAGACAAUCAUGAAAUGCAUUUGCAGUUGCGGUGCGCUCUUGUGUAUGGAAGAGGGCGGCCGCAGCGGUGGCACACCUGGUCGAGUUGGUAUGCCUUUGGCACCACAAAGUGGCGGAAAUCGUCGUAGCCACUGGAAUACACAUGCUUUAGCAAGCUACUUUCCUCCCCACGACUACGUGU